AUGCUAUCCUCUUCCGCCUCUCCUGCUAUCCUCUUCCACAUCUCAUGCUAUCCUCUUCCGCCUCUCCUGCUAUCCUCUUCCGCCUCUCCUGCUAUCCUCUUCCACCUCUCCUGCUAUCCUCUUCCACCUCUCCUGCUAUCCUCUUCCGCCUCUCCUGAAAUCCUCCCGACUCUCCUGCUAUCCUCUUCCGCCUCUUCUGCUAUCCUCUUCCGCCUCUCCUGCUAUCCUCUCCCGACUCUCCUGCUACCUCUUCCGCCUCUUCUGCUAUCCUCUUCCGCCUCUCUGAAAUCCUCUCCCACCUCUCCUGCUACCCUCUUCCGCCUCUUCUGCUAUCCUCUUCCCGCCUCUCCUGAAUCCUCUUCCGCCUCUCCUGCUAUCCUCUUCCACCUCUCCUGCUAUCCUCUUCCACAUCUCAUGCUAUCCUCUUCCACAUCACAUGCUAUCCUCUUCCACCUCUCCUGCUAUCCUCUUCCACCUCUCCUGCUAUCCUCUUCCACCUCUCCUGCUAUCCUCUUCCGCCUCUCCUGCUAUCCUCUUCCCACCUCUUCUGCUCUUCCACCUCUUCCCUGCUAUCCUCUUCCACCUCUCCUGCUAUCCUCUUCCACCUCUCCUGCUAUCCUCUCCGCUAUCCUCUUCCGCCUCUCCUGA